ACACACCACUUCAUCACCUCGCUUCGUUUGAAAAAAAAAAACCAUCCAAUAUGAGUAAAUACGAUUCAAAGUACCUAGAGGAGAAGCUCAAACGGGAACUGCAGACGGAGUACGUGAGUGUUACGGACGAAUCGGACGGCUGUGGCGGCAAAUUCAGUGCCGUAAUCGUGUCGCCAGCCUUCAGCGGCAAGACCCUUCUCCAGAAGCAUAGAUUAGUCAACUCGACGCUGUCCGAAGAACUGAAGGAAAUCCAUGCAUUCUCCCAGAAAUCCUACACACCCGAAGAGUGGGAGAAAGUGAAAGCCCAAUAGUAGUUGCAAAAACAACAUCACAUACACAUAUACAUAUAGACGGGCGGUACAACAACAGCAAAGACUAGCCGCAAAAACCUGUUGUUCGUUUGCUGAUGGUUGGUUGUGCUUUCCGAUUGAAGAAACGAACAAACCGAAAAACGCCAGUCGCACAAAGAAAGUGAAAGGGAAAGCACAGGAAUCGGCAGGCAGAAAUAGGAGUUACCGAAUAAACAACGCAAAUGAUCCACUAAAUGCAUAAGUUACAUAAAGA